AAAGAAAACAAUAGAGAAAUAAAGCAAUAAUAAAUAAUAAUAAAAAAUAAAAUAAAUAAAAUAAUUAAGCAAUAAAAUAAAUAAUAAAUAAAUAAAUAAGAUAAUAAGUGAAAACAGUGCAAAAAAUUAAGUUGACUACUUAUGGAAUAAUAAUCUCAGAAGUAAUAAUAAUUACGUCUCUCAAAAAUAAUUACAAAUAAAAUGUUUUGAAAAAUAAAGACAAUUUAAUAAAAGUGUUACAUGACAAAUAAAUUAAAGACAAACUCUCAAAUUGAUGUUUGAUUCCGGUGAAUUGUCAUUGUUUGGAAGUGUUGCUCAAGGGAUAUUAUAGACUCAAACGUUACAAAAAGUUAUUUUCCUUUCUUAUAAUCAUUAAUUGAGCCGCAUCUUUGAAAUUCUCCACACGUGCUGCUUCAAUUUCCUUCUUUGAAUGCUAUACUAAUUGAAAGCAAGGGCAAAUUUUUGUCUUUUUAUUUUAUUUCAUAUAUGAAGAAAGAGAGAAAGAAAUAUUUUUCAAACAACUUUUCAUCAAGUGGUUAAAGAGGAAUUAGAGACUGAAAAAAGAAAAAGAUUUUUCCAUUUGUGUGCGAUUUUUUAAUGAACAUUUUGUGUUUUUUACGACAAAAAAGUGAAUGUGCAGAAUUAUCUUUUAGUAUUUUUUAACACUUUCGAAAAGGAAGUGAAAUAUUAGGACUACCAUGUUCGAGGGUAUUAUUAAUAACAAAACAUGUUUGAAAGAAGUAUUGACUAUGAAUCAUGUUUAAAUGAGAGAUUAGUAUCGAACAUUAUCAAAGGAAAUAUUGAAGUCGAAAUUUUUUUAUAAGAACAUUAGUGACGAACAUGUAAUAAAACAUUGAUAUUAAACAUGUCUUGAAUCAAUGUUGUUAUCUAACAAGCCGAAAAGGAACAUUAAUGUCGAGAAUAUUCAAGAGGAGCAUUAAUACCGAACAUGUUUAAAAGGAACAUUAAUAUCAAACAUGUUUAAAAAAAAACAUUAAUACCGAACAAUUUUAAGAGUAAUAUUGAUGAAGAACAUGUUUAAGAGUGACAUUAACAUCGAACAUGUUCGAAAAGGACAUUAAUGAAAAGCAUGUCCAAAAGGAACAUCUGUAUCCAAAAUCAAAAAAAUCAUCCCAAAUCUGCGAGUAGAACAUUAAUGUUGAACAUAUCUAAAAAGAACACUAGUGUUAAACACUAGUGAUAGAUUAUAUCCUAAAUGGAACAUUUCCAAAAGAAAGAAUAAAUGUAAAAGAAUUUUAAAUAAAAAAAAAUAAAAAAAGAAAGUUCUCUAAACAAAGCAUUAAUGUUAACUAUUUUGUCAACAUUUUUGAAAAAUACACACAACUUAAAAAAUACGUCGUAAAGCAAAUACGUCGUAAGUGAUAAAAAAUGUCGGAUGUAUAAAAAAGAACAUUAAUAUCGAACAUGUUCGAAAUGGGCGAUAAUAUAUUUUGGUGGAACAUUUAAUCGAACAAGACGAUUAGUUGAAAAAGUACAAUAUUCGAUACGUCCGAAGGAAUCACUAACAUAAAACAUGUCUUAAAACAUAAAUUACGAACAUGUCCAAAAAGAAUCGUAAUUUUUAAACAUGUUCACAAGAAACGAUAAUUUACACCUUGUUCAAAAUGAACAAUAAUUUUCGACAUGUUCAAGAGAAGCAAUAAAUUUCUCCAUGUUCAAAAUAAACAAUAAAUUUACCCAUGUUAAAAAGAAACAAUGUUCAACAUGUUUGUGGGUAAAACCUUCAUUUUAAUAAUCUUCAAAGGAAAAAAAGUACGUUAAACGUAUUUACAGCAAACACUCUUAAUUAGAACAUGUUAAGUACAUUCGUCAAUGUUUACAAUCAAAGAAAAAUUUACUAAAUUAUUUAAAUACAAAAAACAAGUGAUAUAGUGAAUAAUCAAAUUAAAUUUUGAAAACACAAACAAAAAAAAUCAUGAUGAAUGAUUCGUUGAUAAACUAUUCUCCAACUAUUGAGUUGAGGAAUAAUAGUCCAGUUGAACAAUAUGUAAAAACAAUUGUCGAUGAAUAUCGUGAUCCAAUGUAUAUUGUCCUGCCGAUAACAAUUAUUUAUGUUAUCAUUUUUUUCACCGGUUUAAUAGGUAAUAUCUCGACUUGUGUUGUGAUCUCAAAAAAUAAAUCAAUGCACACAGCAACAAAUUAUUAUCUCUUUAGUUUAGCUGUUUCUGAUUUAUUACUAUUGAUUUCCGGUUUACCAUCUGAAAUGUACACAAUGUGGUACAAGUAUCCUUAUGAAUUUGGUGAAAUUUUCUGCGUACUCAGCGGUUUAGCUGCUGAAACAUCAGCAAAUGCCACUGUUCUCACCAUCACGGCCUUCACUGUUGAAAGAUACGUGGCCAUUUGUUAUCCAUUCAUCUCGCACACAAUGUCGAAACUCUCGCGAGCUGUGAAAUUUAUUAUGGCAAUAUGGCUAUUGGCAUUUUGCUUGGCAAUACCGCAGGCAAUGCAAUUUGGUAUUGUCGAAGACGAUGGAAAUGAAGAGAAAACAAGAUGCUCGAUCAAAAGAAAGUUGUUGGAGCACGCCUUCGAAAUAUCGACCAUGUUACUGUUCGUUGUCCCCAUGACUGUCAUUACAAUUCUUUAUAUUCUCAUAGGGGUCAAACUGCGAAGGUCAAGGCUACUCUCUUCUGUGAAGAGGACACCAAUUGCCGGGGGUCUCAAUCAUUACGACUCGACGCGCGGCAAGAACAGCUCGCAGAGAAAUGUCAUUCGUAUGCUGGUUGCUGUUGUUGUGGCUUUCUUCAUUUGCUGGGCACCAUUUCAUGCACAGAGACUAAUCGCUGUUUAUGGAAAGGAAGAAAAAGAUCCUCAUCCUAUGUUAAUUACCGUUUAUAAAAUACUUACCUAUACAUCGGGAAUUUUUUACUAUCUAUCAACCACCAUUAAUCCUCUACUUUACAAUAUUAUGUCCAAUAAGUUUCGUGAAGCUUUCAAGUCAAUGCUGGCAAAACACUGCGGAAAUAGACUACAAACUUCAAGUCCUUUGCAACGAACUUACACAAGUCUUUCACGACAUCCAAGAUCGACCUUUCAUCGUGUUGACUCCCGUAAGUCAGGUUCAGUUUUAUCCAGCGAGGAAAAUCAACAGCAAUUAUCGAAUUUUGAUCAACGGAGGAAUUCCACAAAAUACCAGAGUGGAAUUGAGAGAAAAAAUUCUCAACUAAUUGUAAUAUCAAAGACAAACGGUAGUCAUCCAGAAAUUGUGAGAAAUGGUUCCAGGGCAUCAAAUUCAAGUCAAGUCACAGUGAUGACAACGAUUGGAAAAGGUAUCAACGAGGGAAAUAAUAAUUCAGAAACUCUCUUUAUCGAUGAAUCUAGUUUAAGAGUUCAUCAUCGACCACUGCAAACGGUUACACUAGGAAUUCUGUCCGGACGUUUAAAAUUUGGAACAAAAGGUCUAUUUGGAAGUCAAACGAGACCAACGAAAAAGCCAAAGAUUAAACCCGAGAUUGCGAGUGCACCGCCAAAAAUUAACAGUCAUCCAAGUAUCGACAGUGGUAAUACGAUAAGCAAUUCGAGUCUUCAGGACUACGAUGAGACGGAAUUCACAGGAACUGAAUUAGCGACGUACAUGAAAGAAUUAAAUAUUGAUCUAAUUACUUGACAAGUUUUAACGCGCGAGGAAAAAUUACCAGCCAAAAUUUGCCACUAUCGUUGAUAAAUUGAGGGACGUUCUCUAAGAGAACAAAUUGCCCCAUCGUACCUGCCGCUGAUCCUCAAACAGGGACAUAAGUCUAUUUUCCGUAUCAAUGAACUGAGCGACCAUGACGUCCAUUACGAUAUUCAAUCCUCCUAUCCGCCAAGAAAUAAAAAAGAAAAAAACACACCAAGACUUACCCAGGCGCUUUCAAAAUGGAAAUACUUAAAAGUGUUUUCAAUCAGUGGUUCUAAUUUUCAAGAGUCUCGAAUUUUUUAUUUUUUUUAGAAAAUGCAAAAAAAUUCAUUCCAUUUCAAAAAAUUACAAAUCAUAAGUUUUGUUAAUUUUUUUUUUUGAAGCUAGUCCUAAACAGAGAAAUAUUACGUUAUAAGUGUUGAAAAAAAUUAUACUUACAAUUAGAAAAUGUAAAUUUUUUUAAGACUAUUAAAUUUUAUUUUUAAUUACAUAAUUUCUUGUACUGUAAAUUUUUUUGUAGAAAAAUGAAUAAAAAUAUAAAAAAAAUUAAACAAUCGAAUUAAAAGAUAGGGAAAUUUAUAAUUGUGUAGAAGAUAGCU